AUGCCUCCCCCGCCCCUGCGCAGCGGCGCCUCGAUGCGCAAGACGCCAAACUGGCCCUCGCACCUGCGCCAGUUCAGCAGGACCUCCCUCGAACCCCCCGCAACCGCGUCCGCCGCCUCCUCCGUCGAGUCCCCCCGCUCCCCGGACACCGUGUCGAGCGCCUCCACGGUCCGCGGCGACAACUCGAGCAGCUCCGUCAAGCACCGCCGCCUCGAGCGCCGCUGCGUCGUCGGCGUGAACGAGGGUUACUCGCGCGACGAGGUCCUUUUGAGCCCCGAGCUCGUCAAGGGGGAGGUCAGGCCCGGUAGCCUCGUCGCGAUCACCGUGAUCCGGACAGAGGACGGCAAGACGUCUGUGAAGGACCAUGCUUCCGCUGGCGCGAGGGGCGGCUCUGCGAGCUCGGGGGCCGGUCAGGGCGACGGGGCUGCGCAGACAUCAGACGGCAGCACGGCGGCGGCGGCGCUGGGGAAGAAGUACUUCUUCUUCGCCAAGGAGAUGUCCAAGGAGCUCAAGAGCCGGCUGCCGAACGUGGACAUUUACGUCGUGAAGCACAUUGCGGACGCGUUCGGGAUGAAGAAGGGCACGCAGGUGCUGCUCACGCCGGUGGACGCGGACAGCCCCGCGACGGCGGCGUCGCACGUGGAGCUGAGCUUCAAGGACCAGUACCUCUCGCGGUCGGACAUGUGGCGGCUGGCGAUCGGGGAGCUGACGGAGCGGACGGUGUACAAGGGGCAGAGCAUCCUGUUCAUGGGCACGAUCAAGGCGCAGGUGACGGCGGUGUACGUGGACGGGCGCAAGACGCACUCGGCCUUCUUCACGCGGGACACGCGGCCGAUCUUUAGGAGCGAGUCGGCGCGGUACGUGCUGUUCAUACAGAUGGCGCGGGAGAUGUGGGACUUUGACAGCGAGGGCAGCGGGGAGAUUUUGUUCAACAAGGUGGUGAACGGGUUCCUGCCCGCGCUGUUCAAGAAGUGGGCGAAGCUCAAAGCGAAGCACCUGGUGAGCAUUGUGCUGUUUGCGAGGGUGGAGUACGACACGGGCCUGACGACGGAGCUGGCGGGGACGGUGCACGGGGAUUACUACACAGGCACGCAGAUCUCGGGGGAGAAGAGGCCGUACAAGGACUUUUACCGGGUUGUGGUGAGCGAGAUGGCGAGCGGGGAGUGGACAACGAUUCUGUACCAGCUGAAGCGGGAGUUCAACUUCUUCCGGCGGGAUAUUAGUCUACACCACCAGAUGGCGGGGAGCGCGUUUGUGCCGCUGGCGGAGGAAGGGAGGAGCGUCGCGAGUAACCGCGUCAAGGCCGAGAGCAGUCUGGCCAUGUACGGGAAUUUCCUGGAGGCGAUCAAUCUCGCGAGCAGCCAGUUUUCGCAUGACUACGUCGACCGCGAUCUCAUGCGGACGGGCAUCUCGAUCGUGGUCAUCAGUCCCGGGCCGGGCGUUUUCGAAGUCGAGUACGAGAGCUUACGGAGGACGACGGAGGCGCUCGUCGGCAACGGGAUCGGCAUCGACCUCAUCUGCGUGCCGAAGAUGCCGCUGCACUCGGUGCCGCUGUUCCGGUACCGGAACCCGCAGACGGCGGGAGACUCGCACGGCUUGUCGCGCACGAGGAGCGUGCGCAGCCGGGAGAGCACGCCGAAGCAGCAGGCGACGCCCGUCAUCGGCAGCUACCAGUCGCUCUCGGAGAGCCUGUCGCCGACCAAGGGCCUUGAGCUCGCGCACCGGAUCGAGAGGAUAGCGAACCCGCAGGACGAGUGGUCGUACGCGCUCCCGCAGUGGUUGCACGUCUCGUACUGGACAGGCACGAGCGAGGAGGCGCUGUCGUACCAGGGCAUCGCGCUGAGCGUGUCCAAGGAGGAGGAGGAGGAGGAGGAGCAGGGGCGGAACGCGGUGAGCGAGGACUUUGCGAUCCGCGCGCGCAUGUACGACCUGCAGAUGAGGAGCGUGCUCGAGACGAACGAGAUCGAGACAACGCCGCUGCAGGCGGAUCCGCUGUUCCCCGUGGCGACGACGGAGGCCAAGACGUCGCAGAAGGCGAGGCUGGUCGGGGCGGAGGAGAUUGCUAUGAUCCCGCCGAAGAGACAUCCCGACGGGCUGGUCGACCACGUGUACGGGUUCCAGAAGUUCGUCCCGGACAGGCUCGUGCGGCCCGGGGAGAAGAGCCUGUGGAAGCAGCUGCAGGAGUACGACGAGACGAGGGCGAAGCUGCCGAGGAGCAGGCGGCCGGCGCACAGCCGAGCGUCGAGGGACUUGGAGGAGACGACGCGGAGGCAGCUGAUGGAGGACGCGGGGCUCUUCGGGACGAGUCUGCCGGAGAAGAAGAUUGUGCCGAACCAGAGCCUCGCGGCGGUCGCUGCGGGGAGGAAGCUGAGCGUGAACAUUGGAGACAGCGAGAAGGCGGAGAUUGUGGCUGCUGCGAGGAGGGCGGCGGCUCAUCCUCCAACUGCUGCGGCAGCGGCGACAACUACGUCUUCGACGAACUCGUCAACGCCGGAUUCGGGCAGUACCGCAGGCAAGACGUCAGGCGCGAACACGCCGUCGAAGGCGCCCAAGUUCAUGCGGCAGAUCAGCCUGGGUCUUCGCGGUUUCGGCGUGGCGGCGCCGAAGGUCGUGGCCGCGGAGGCGAGCUUCGAGACGGUGGGCGCGUUGACGGAGCAGAGCGUCACGAGCCCGACGACGCCGCUCGUCAUGUCCACCAUGCCGCGGCCGUCGUCGCCGCAGGUCAUCAAACCCGCCUUGUCGAUGACGCCGGGGCUCUUCCGGUCUGACUCGAGGGACACGUUGAAGGAUCUGCCGAGCACGCCGAGCAUCCCCAUCAAUAUGAAGUCUUCCGGGCGGAGUCAGAGCUCGGUGGCCCAGCAGCACAAGUACGGGUCUGUCCUGCCGCCGUCGCUGGCGAGAAAGGAGAUCUUCCUCGAGGAUCGCGAUCAGCGGCAUUCGAACGUUUUCAGGGCGGAGGACGACAACCAGAAGAUGUUUAAUAGCAAGCUCAGAGCCGGGGCGAUGCCGGAGCUGCCGUCUACGUUGUCGCCCACCACGGCCAUUUCGCCGUGGCUGACGGUGCUGAACCCAUCGAACCCGGACCGCAACAAGGUCGACGACACGGUGCUGUACAGCCGGUGGCAGCACGUGUUCCCGCGGACGUCGGAGAUGAAGGUGAUGAAGUGGAAGGCGCUGUGCUGUCCCGCCGCGGUGCCGCUCACGACGGAGUACUUCCCGAGCAAGACGCAGUUCGACACCGAGUACCAGCGGCAGCCGUACGUGAUUGCGCAGAACGCGGACGACGAGCUCAGCGAGGAGCCCAAGUCGCGGGAGGAGUUUCUGCGCGAGCUCAUCAGCCUAAGGUUCUCGCAGGGGUUCCAGGUCGUCAUCGGGCCAUCGGUGGCCAAGGCUUUCGGGCAGAGGUUACUGCGGAUCGCGGACAUUUUCUCGCGGGACCAAGCGAUGGAGGAUGGGACAAGCAUAUUCAUGAGCGUGGGUAACGUGAUUCACCAGCUUUCCUGCGUCAACGGGACCGAGGUGGAGGUGAAUAUCUACAUUCGCAAACCGGCGGCGUCGACGAUUGGCGGGAACGCGACCGGUGGGCCGCUAUAUAGACCUGCGAUCCGGACGUUGAUGGAUACCGGGUACCAGACGCAGGAGGUUGACAUCUCGACGCCGAAGCCGGAGAGGAACUGGAACUACAUCGAUUCCUACCUGGCGGGGCACCACGACGAGAUGACGGAGAAUCUGAGGUUCUGGAGGGCGAGAUUCGUGUUGAUCCCGAUGGUGUCUCGGUACUCUGCCGUGCCCAGGAACCAGGCCGGUGACAACGCGGAGGAGGUGCGGUUGGAAGGAAUCAGGAGGCUGUCGCUGUCGUGGCAGAAGCACCGGUAUCUCCCGCCUUCCGAGAGGCGGUACCAGACUGUGAACUCGCGACGGGACCCGAAUCCGCUGGAUAUCGUGUACAAGACGGAGGACCCGUCCGUCGUGAUUGCGGCGGAGCUGGACAACCUUCCGCUGGUCGAGGGCAUGGACGGCAACCGGAGAGGCCAGCUCAUUUCGUCCAAGGAGCGGUUCCGCAAGUCUGGGUUGAAUCUUGCUGCAUUGGCCGAAGCGAUCCAGCAACCCGUCGAGAGCGGCGGCGUGAAGCUGCAGAAUCGACGGUGGCAUCUACGACUACACUACAACUGCUUCAUCGGCUCUGACAUGACGACAUGGCUCAUGGACAAUUUUGAAGACCUGGACAGCCGCGAGGAGGCGGAGCAGCUGGGCAAGAUGCUCAUGGUGGAAACGUACGAACGGUCCGACGACAAGAAGGACCGCGGGGGUCUGUUUGAGCACGUUGAGCGCCGGCAUCCCUUCAGAGACGGACAGUAUUUCUACUCUAUCGCUAGCGAGUACGCCAAGCCGCAGCCCGGGUGGUUCAACUCCCGCCGCAAAGACCUCUCGGUCCCGUCGACGCCCAUGUCAGAAACGAUGCCGCGCGACUCGCCGCGCAUCUCCCGGCCCAUGUCCAUCAACGAGGAAAACUCGCCCAACUCCGGGUCCACCACGCCAACGGCGUCCAUCAUGCUCAACAACAAGAAGAUGCCAAAGGUGGUGCUCAGCAAGGUCAUCAAAUACGACGUCGACCACCGCAAGCGCUCGUACCGCCCGGAGCGCAUCGACCUGCACUACGACAGACUGCACAACCCGGAUAACUGCUACCACAUCCGCAUCGACUGGAUGAAUGUCACGGCGAAGCUGAUCGAGGACGUGGUCGAGGGCUGGGCGCGCGAGGCGGCGACGCACGGGUUGAGGCUCGUCGAGGUGCCCAUCAAGGAGGCGUGCUCCAUCACGGAGGUCAAUCCGUUCCGGCGGCCGUACGUGAUCAAGCUCGCGGCGCCGCCGCCGGCGCAGCAGCCCGUGACGUACUACGAACCCGGGUCGUUCGCGCCGCAGACGGCGCCCGGGAAGCACUUUUACCAGAAGGCGCUGAUGCGCCGGCUGGAUUUCGUGCUGGACAUGGAGGCCGCGGCGGAUUUUCCUAGGGAUGUGGAGGUGAGCUACAGCUGGGGCCGGCCGGAGUUCAAGUACUCGCAGUAUAUCCACAGGUCGGGCGUGCUGCUGGCGGAGAUCACGGACGAGGGGGACUUUUUGGUGCUGGCGAAUCGGCUCUUUAGCAACCGCGCGUCGGCGGCGCGGGAGAAGGAGCUGAAAGAUAUGCGGGAGGCGAGCGCGGCCGGGGGAGCGGGGAAUAAUGUCGUGGAGAGGGCGGGGCGGAUUAUACCCGUGGGGAGCUACACGCCGUUUGGGAUCCCGGAGCCGACGCCGAUCAGCUCGCCGAUGGUCAAGCCGGUGUUCUACGCGGGCGGGUCGCCUGCCUUGAGAGGAGGCGCCGUGAAGGAGGCAGCGCCGCCGGCUCCGCCGACGGCCGUGGACCCGAUUGCGCUGCUGCUCGAGGUGGAGCGGUUCUGCAAGGACGAGAAGGGGCUGGAGGCGUUCUACCGGGAGACGCUGGAGCGAGGCCCGCCGCAGGCGAUGACGACGCCCGGGGCGAUGCGGCCGACGACGCUGGAGGCGGUGCCGGAGGCGAGCAUCCCGAGUCUGAACAUGCCGGCGGGGGUGCUGGGGGAUUUGGGCGGCGGGGGAGCGGGAGGGGCGAUGGGGUUGGUUGGGAGUGAGAGGAGCGGGAGUGUGGGGGGAGGGAGUCCGAGUCCGGGGCCGAGGAUGAUGAGUCCGGCGGACGGGAUGAGGUUUUUGAGGAGGGCGAGUGUGCAGGAUGGGCUUGGGUUGGGGGGUGGGCCGAGGGGGCGGGAGAGGGAGAGGGAUUGA